AUGUUCUUUGCCUUGACAUAUGGUUUUGGUUUCGCUACUAUUGCCGCCACUUUAACACACGUUACCUGCUUCUACGGAAGAGAAAUCUAUGAAAGAUACCGUGCUUCGUACAAGGAAAAAGAAGAUAUCCAUACAAGACUUAUGCGAAGAUACAAGGACAUACCUUCGAUGUGGUUUUAUAUAUUGCUUGGAGUGACACUGGCAAUCUCGUUAGUACUCUGCAUCGCCUUGAACAAGCAAGUUCAGAUGCCAUGGUGGGGACUCAUCUUUGCUAGUGCCAUCGCUUUUAUCUUCACACUUCCAAUCAGCAUUAUUACUGCCACGACAAAUCAGACACCAGGCUUGAACAUAAUCACAGAGUAUGUUAUGGGUAUUAUUUACCCGGGAAGACCAAUCGCUAAUGUGUGCUUCAAAACCUAUGGCUACAUGAGCAUGGCCCAGGCUGUCUCUUUCCUCAGCGACUUCAAACUUGGUCACUACAUGAAGAUCCCUCCAAGAUCAAUGUUCAUAGUUCAGUUCGUUGGAACAAUUAUUGCGGGAACUAUCAACAUUGCUGUUGCUUGGUGGCAGCUCAACUCCAUCGAGCAUAUAUGCCAGGACGACCUCCUUCCAGCAGACAGUCCAUGGACAUGCCCUGGAGAUAGGGUCUUCUUUGAUGCAUCAGUAAUAUGGGGAUUGGUUGGACCGAAAAGAAUUUUUGGAAGUCUUGGAAAUUAUAGUGCCAUGAAUUGGUUCUUUCUUAUGGGUGGAAUUGGACCUAUCCUAGUUUGGUUCUUACACAAGGCAUUCCCAAAACAAUCUUGGAUUCCUCUCAUUAACCUUCCGAUCCUUCUCGGGGCGACAGGAAGCAGUGGUGGCAAAGGUACAAUUACAUUCUUUCAGCAGCUCUAG